AUGGGAGCUGAUAAGUACAAAAAAUCAAUAUAUACCAUCGUUUUAUUGGGCAAACAAUACCAUUCAGAUACUUGUGUCUCAAUAGAUCAGCAUGACAGUACCCAAGUGCUCCAAACACCAAUAAAACAAAUACGUUAUGCGAAAGCAAAUAAAGUGAAGAAGGGAACAAAUGAACUUUUGGCCUCACAACAUAGCAAUUUAUUGAAAAGUAAUGUAGAGAAUUCAAAGAAAAAUAAACUUAUAUCGACUAAAAUUAACUCAUGGAAUUUACCUGUGAAAAAAUGGCCUCAAAAUCUUGCUCACACUGUAAAACAUACACCUUUAAAUCAUGUUUUGGAACGAUCAUAUUCACUUACGACCUUAAAUACUUCUACAUUAAACAAAUUAAAUGUAUCGAAUCCGAUUAUUUCAUAUAGAACUGUGAAUUCACUUCAGGAACUACUAGUUAAUGAUCAGUACCCUUUAUUUCAUACACAAAAUAUGGAAUUCGUAAACAUGAAAUACCAGAAAACAAACAACGUUACUAGAAAUUCUUCCUAA